GGAACAUAAGAACAUAUUUUAUUUUAUUUUCCCCGAAGAACAUAUAUGGGGUCAAAGUUUCAUGCUUUUAUGUUCCCAUGGUUUGGUUUUGGUCACAUGACUGCAUUUUUGCAUCUGGCUAACAAACUAGCGGAGAAAGACCACAAAAUAACUUUCUUGCUCCCCAAGAAAGCUCGAAAGCAACUUGAAUCUCUCAAUCUCUUCCCAGACUGCAUUGUCUUUCAGACUCUUACCAUCCCAUCUGUAGAUGGCCUCCCUGAUGGUGCUGAGACAACCUCGGAUAUCCCGAUCUCGUUAGGCAGUUUUCUCGCCUCGGCUAUGGAUCGGACACGCAUUCAGGUCAAAGAAGCAGUUUCUGUUGGUAAACCGGAUCUGAUUUUCUUCGAUUUUGCUCACUGGAUUCCGGAAAUAGCUAGAGAGUAUGGAGUCAAGAGUGUCAAUUUCAUAACGAUUUCUGCAGCAUGUGUAGCUAUUUCGUUCGUCCCUGGUCGUAGUCAAGAUGACUUGGGUAGUACUCCACCGGGAUACCCUUCCUCCAAGGUGUUGCUUCGGGGACACGAAACCAACAGUUUGUCGUUCCUCUCCUAUCCGUUUGGAGAUGGAACUAGUUUUUACGAACGGAUCAUGAUAGGACUUAAGAACUGCGAUGUCAUUUCGAUAAGGACAUGCCAAGAAAUGGAAGGAAAGUUCUGCGAUUUCAUCGAAAACCAAUUUCAAAGAAAAGUUCUCUUGACAGGUCCAAUGCUUCCUGAGCCGGACAAUAGCAAACCGCUAGAAGAUCAAUGGCGUCAGUGGCUUAGCAAGUUCGAUCCGGGAUCAGUAAUAUAUUGUGCAUUGGGCAGCCAAAUCAUUCUUGAAAAGGAUCAAUUCCAAGAACUCUGUUUAGGAAUGGAGCUGACAGGUUUACCAUUUCUUGUAGCGGUAAAGCCACCAAAAGGUUCAUCGACAAUCCAAGAAGCCUUACCAAAAGGGUUUGAAGAGAGGGUUAAAGCACGUGGAGUGGUUUGGGGAGGAUGGGUGCAGCAACCAUUGAUAUUAGCUCAUCCAUCAAUAGGCUGCUUUGUGAGCCAUUGUGGUUUCGGGUCAAUGUGGGAGGCUCUAGUGAAUGACUGCCAAAUAGUGUUUAUUCCACAUUUGGGUGAGCAAAUAUUGAACACAAGACUGAUGAGCGAGGAACUCAAGGUCUCGGUAGAGGUGAAAAGAGAGGAAACGGGAUGGUUUUCGAAGGAGAGCUUGAGCGGUGCGGUCAGGUCUGUGAUGGACAGAGAUAGCGAGCUCGGGAAUUGGGCGAGGAGGAACCACGUAAAGUGGAAGGAGUCUCUGCUUCGUCAUGGACUAAUGAGUGGUUAUCUUAAUAAGUUCGUAGAAGCAUUGGAGAAACUAGUCCAAAAUAUAAAUCUUGAAUGAAAAACUUUGUAAAGAGCAGCUUUGAUCGAUAAGAGUCAUAACGGUAAAAAAAGUAGACCACCAAGUAGUUGUUCGUUUCUCGUCUAUGUUCUGUUCAAGCUUCACUUACUAGCUAGGAAAUAAUUUUAUAUCAUCAAAUAUAACCUGAUUGAACUCAUCUUGAUAUAUUACUAUUUUUGAAUAAAUGUUUUGGGUGAAAUAGGUAGAUGACUCAAUUUGAGAUGGA